AUGGCAGACGAAUCCGCGCCUGUCGAAUCGCCUUUCGAUGUCCGAGGGUUCCCCAUCACCGUCGACGGCAUAAACCAGGACGAUCGCGUUUCCUUCUCCAAACUCACGGGAAAGUACAACCUCGAACAAGAAGACGGCACCGAAUACGAGUUCGACGAAAAGUUAAAGAGGUGGUACGAAGUGCUUGAUAAUUCUCUGGCCGAAGAACAAUCCAAAGCUUACGGCCCCGUUGAUGCAACCGACUCAGUGACUCCACGGAACAAAAAGCGAAAGAAUGAACAUGACAACGAGGCCAAUCAACCGGAAAUCAAUAACGUCAAACGUCCGAAAAAGAACGGGAAGGCCGACCAGGCUGCGGCUCCUCGCGUUAACAAGGCUGUAUACGUCACAAACCUCCCGCUCGAUGCCACCGCUCAGGAAGUCGAAGAGUUGUUCUCCAAAUAUGGUGUUCUAGCGGAGGAAAUCGAUAGUGGCAAGAAACGGGUUAAGCUCUACACGGACGAAAGUGGCAAUCCGAAAGGCGAUGCCUUGAUCGUAUACUUCCGGCCAGAAAGUGUCAAACUCGCGAUCCAAAUGCUUGACGAUACGGAUUUCAGACUGGGAGUUGGAGAUGCCGGUGGGAGAAUCAAAGUCCAAGCGGCAGAUUACAGUUACAAGGCACAGCAAGAUGCACCACAGGACAAGAAGAUGACGAGGGACAAGAAGAAGAUCAUUGCGAAGAGUCAGAAAUUGAAUAACAAACUCGCUGACUGGGACGACGAUGAUCCGGCAACAGUCAGCACCUCAUCGAAGUUUGACAAAGUGGCUAUUCUGAAGCAUAUGUUCACGCUGAAGGAGCUGGAGGAGGACCCAGCGGCUAUCUUAGACAUCAAAGAGGAUAUUAGGGAAGAGUGUUCGAAGCUGGGAGAAGUUACUAAUGUAACUUUGUACGAUGACGAGGAGGCUGGAGUUGUGAGCGUCAAAUUUGGGGACGAGGCGAGUGCGCUCGCAUGUGUCAGGAUGAUGGACGGGAGGCAUUUCUCGGGUGCGAAGGUGGAAGCGUAUAUAUAUGACGGGCAGGAGCGUUUCAGGAAGAAGAAAGUCCGUGAUACUGAUGCCGAAGAGAGUUCCAGACUAGAUAAGUUUGGAAAUUGGCUCGAAGAAGAAGGCGCGGAAUAA